UUAAAGGGAUUAGCUGGAAAUCUUUUGAAAAAUUUUGAAAACGCUGACAGCCAACUCUUACAACUAAGCCCUCGACAAUCUGGCAAUGACAGGCGGUUAAUUGAAGUCUUGGUUCAUUUCCUUAUUGUCACGAAAUGUUUGCCUCCGAAUCGGUUGCUGCAACCUCUUAUGAGUCUUGCUUUUAAUCCAGCUUUGAUGAUGGUAAGAAGUAUUGUUAGUAUUACUAUAUUUCGUUCAAAUUUAUCCCCUUAAUCUUAUAUGUGUGACAUAUAUCAUUUAGUAGAAAGUUAAAUGGAAGUUUGUGCUGAGAAAUACAAUUUUCUUACGUGUAAUUUAAUAUUAAUGAUAAUAACAAUGAAUACGUACAGUGAAAUUUUGAGGAAAUUAAAAGGAAAUUAAGCGCAUAAAAAAGGAAAUACUGUGCAUAUUUCCUGGCCUUUUUACCAUUUUGAUUGGUUAAUACUUAAUAGGCACCUUUUCAGCAAACAAAAUUAAUUAUUUUCCGUGGGAACAGACAUGAGUAUUUUUUUGUAUAGUGGCAAAGAAAGAAUGAACAACAUUCUCUCAACGAUGUUAUUUCAUGAGUGAAAACGUCUUAAUAUUAUAAAUUAUUUUAACGAUAAAAGAACCUGCUGAAAAAGUUGCUGUUGGCUGUUGUUCCCCUUUUUUGUUAGACAGAAUGGGAAAACGUUAUUCUUUUACUUUUGGCUCCAUUUUGUCUGUUGUUGUUCAGUUGCUCGGCGAGAUAUACAUUAACUUACAUUGCAUUUGACAUUAUAUGACACGUGAUCACAAAUCAGCCAAUGAAAUAUACCAUCAAUUAAACACUAGCUAUAUAACAGAUUAAUAUUUAAACUCUGUAACCUUGGGAACGUACGAAAGCGUUUUCUUACUGAACUGGUUUAUCACAAAAACAAUUAAAUGUCAGGACAAAGACGUAAAGGUCUGGGGAUAUCUUUGUUCAUGGCUCAGAAUCUACAACCAUAUAAAACGUUUACUAUAUUAUUUUGUUAUAUAGUUAGUGUCAAAGUUCAAUUUUUCUGUUUGCCGAUUGGUCAAAACCGUAUCACGCCGGUCCACAAAACGUCAUGUUCACUGCAUGCUUUGGCAAGGGCGCAACCGGUCCACAAUGAAACAAUUAUUGACCGGUCAUUAAUAGAAUAGAUACAGUGUGCAUGCGCGUCAGCCGUCGCGUGUAUAUUAAACAUUUACGGCGUUCCAUUUAUCUAGUUUGGUUUCAAAGUUCACUCCAAUAACGGGUGAAUUAUUCAUACUUUGACACUUAUAUACUAUGUAACAAAACACUUAUUUAUGAAACCUCGGGAAAGCCGUGUGUUUUGUGGCCCCUCGACCGCCGUUGUUGCUUUCGGCUUCGCCUCGGGCAACAACGGCGUUCUCGGAUCCACAAAACACACUAUUUCCCUCGGUCUCAGUAAAUAAGUGAUAAAUGCUGCAUACGUUUAUCAUUUGAAAUGUAUGAACAUUUUCUACCUUUCUGGUUUUUGUCAGCACCUUUACCCUGCAUGCUGUGCUUUAUUAUGCUUCCAUUGCUUUCUAUAGUAUCACACAGCAACUAUGACACAGGAAGGUUAUUUUCUGAAAAGAGUGAAAAUAUGUUUUAUAAAACACCUCAUUAAAUUCUGGUCAUUUAAUUUAAUUUUUAUGACAAUGUGGAGUUAAAUGUAUUGUAUUAUUAUAUUAAUUCUUUUCUCGAACAUUUUGUGGGACACAACUUGACAAUGUGUCCAUUCCGUAACGCUAUAAAAUGCAUUUUAUCGGUUAUAUAGAAUGCUUUCAUUCCCACAAUGCCUCAUGAUGAUGGCCCUGAGGUUAUGCAAGCAACCGCUGGACGGUGGUAUGGUAAGUCAAUGAACAAGCUAAGGUUUGCAACGUCCUUAAGCUGUUCGUUUAUGCGUAAAAUUUAAUCAUGAGCAGGCCUUACUCCUAAUUUAUUCAGUAAAUUUACUUGUGCUUUUGUCUGUAUCUCUAUAUAAUACAAAGAUUCUGAAAAUUAAUUGAUUCUUUUACUUUUCAGAGUGCCCAAAUGGACAUCGCUAUGUUAUUACAGAAGUAAGUACUGUAAACAUACAUGUACAACAGUACAAAUAUAUAUUCCAUUGCAAUGCAUGUUGAACCUUUCACCAACAAGCGAAUGCCUUGGAUGAUUAAAAGUGGAUGUUUUACCUUUAAUUAGUUACAUUUGGGGAUUUCCAGAUGUGCAUGCGCAUUCCUCGCACAGGGGGCAGAAAAGUACGAUUGUGUUUUAUAAAUACCUUGUCAUCAACCAAUAUCGCAUAUUUAUAUCACAACAAUUCGCAGACAAAGUCAUUAAAGGAUCAAAAUUAGCUGAUUUUUAUAGUUUCGAUAAUAUCAUGCCUUCUACUUCAUGUAAUUCAAACUUCAUUGCAUUGCAUCGACAAUUCCCGAACAUCUUACGAAAGGAUGCCGAGGGUGUAGCCCGUACAUAAAUAAGAAAGGGAUGAAACGCCGAAAAUCUUUCGUUCGAUGUGCACCGCAACAACUGGUGACGGAAAUUAACUCGACAUUGUAACCGGAAGUAGAACGGAAGUUGAAGGAAAAUUGACCUUUCAUCUUCCAUGACCUUUUAAUCGAAUUAACGGUUUUAAUAAUUUGAACAAGAACAAAUUUUAAAAAAUAUUGCGAAAUUCAAACUCAAAUAUGGAACGUUUUGUCACUAAAAGAAAUGCGAAUCACCCAUUUCAAAAGCAACACACGCUCUUGUAUCUAGAUGGUAUAAAGCUUUUCAAUAAUUUUAAAACAAUUGUUCUUGAAUCGAUCAACCGUGAAUAUAUCCACGACUCUGAACUUUGUCUAUGACUGUAUUCCAAACGGCAGUCUUUACACAAAUCGGUCACGAUUUAAAACUUCGGCGUGUGUGCAGACUUAAAAUAUAUCAAUAGACUAUUUAAAUUCAAAAAUAAACUAUACAUGUACUUCUGGGGCGAAACAAUUCAAUUCAAGGACAAUUCAAUUCUUUGACAAUUCAAUAAGUGACAAUUUAUAUGAGCAUAUUGUUAUUUUGAAACUGUAUACUAAUUGCAGCACACUUUUCUUGACAACUGAUUUUGACGUCAUGACUCGUGCCAGUUUCCUUCACCGAGUUAUAACGACGCAGCUUGAAUCAAAAUAUAGAAGAAAUUUGGAUUUCUGUCAGUCGGUAAUUGCUCGUAAGUCGCCGUAAAGCUCUCGCUCUUUACUUUCCGCCAUGAUGAAAAAUAUAAAAAACGAUAAUUUCUUCACAAACAAUAAACGACAAUAACUUCGUCAGAAAAUUAUUUUUUGCAGGUACGUUUUAGCCAAUUAUUAAUCACGGUGUUGCCAAUGUUCACUUACUGUAUUAGCAAUACGUUUAUAUUGACCAUAUCAUAACAGAAUGAUGCAGGCAUGUUCAAUGUUGGCAAAUGUUGUUAUGAUUUACGAAGAAAAACCUGAAAAUGAUUGCAGACUUGACAUUAAGGCUCUGCUCACACGCACAGGGUAUAAUAACUAUUAACUCAACGACGAAGGAAAACAUCGAAAUGACGUAUAGUGUUGUAUAGUGUCGUAUAGUGUCGUAUAGUCUUGUAUAACGUUGUAUAGUUUUAUUUUAUAGUCUUGUAUAGUCUUGAAUAAUAGUCGUCUAUAGUGUAGUAUAGUGUUGUAUAGUCUUGCAUAGUGUCAUAUAGUCUUGCAUAACGUUGCAUAGUGUCGUAUAGCCUUAUAUAUUGUUGUAUAAUCUUGUAUAACGUUGUAUAGUGUCGUAUGGUGCCGUAUAGCCUUAUAUAGUGUUGUAUAGUCUUGUAUACUGUUGUAUAAUGUUGCAUAGUGUCAUUUAGUGUCACAUAGCCUUAUAUAGUGUUGUAUAGUCUUGUAUACAACAUUGUAUAGUGUUGUAUAGCUUUAUAUAUUGUUGUAUAGUCUUGUAUAACGUUGUAUAUAGCGUUGUAUUGUGUCGUAUACAUUAUAUUAAAACAUCUAAAACCGUAUAUAAGUCCUAAGAAAGUUAAAAAGUAGUAAUACAUUGGUUGCAUGCAAGUAGUAUUAUACCCCCCAUAUGGGGUAAAUUUCCCGCCAAAAAACGUCAGCAGUUUUUGCAUAUGUAGAUGACGUCAUGCGUACGUACGCGGGGAGUGACGUCAUAUUGCGUACGUACGCAGGAUAGUGCGUAUGUACGCAGAAUAUGGGAUUGGAAGUGACGUCAUAAUGAAAGUGACGUGUGGGGUUGUACGUACGCGCGUACGUACGCGAAGGGUAUAAAGGAAUGAUGUGUUUGUUUUGUUUUGUAGUGCCACGAUGAAUUGUUUACAUGGAAAGCCUGCUGUGUAUUCAACAACGA